AUGAGGAAACUCAGCAUAGCUUGUGUAAAUGCCAAUGGUAAACUUCGUCAAGAAGCCAUUGACUCUAUUUUAUAUUACUGUAAAAACAUCGAUAUCCUUUUUAUAACAGAGACCUGGCUCCCUCCAGAUAAAACUAUACCCACCCAUUGGCAACAGUAUCAUAUUUAUGGCGAACCAGUCGUAAAUUCUGACCGUUGUCAAAUGGGCAUUUCACUCUUUAUUAACCCUCUCUUUAAAUAUAGCAAAAUACAUGUAGACACACAAAAAUCAAAACACUUUAUGACUUGUCAUUUAGACAAUCUAAAAAUUCACUGUGUCUAUUUACCCCCCUCACCUUCUUUAGAUAAUGCAACAACUAUGCAGAUUCUUGAAUCUAUUACACUCACUCCCAACACAAUUCUCUGCGGUGAUUUCAAUGCCCGCAUGGGUAAGCGUACUGGGGAUAGUCGAUGGAAUACUCGAGGCAACAAAUUCUCCGCCUAUUUAGAUACCCACUCACUCAUUGACUAUAAUUCACUCCUUCAAUAUGCCAAGCCAACUCGAGUGGUUUACAAAGAAAGAUCCAACACUACUGAAACGAGCAUUGUUGAUUAUUUCAUUUCACAAUCCACUCUUGUACAGCCAAAAUUAGACAUUAGAACUGACCUAUCGGUUCUUGGAUCUGAUCACAAGCUCAUGAUUUUCUCCUUUGUUUGGAUAGACCAUGACGUGCGUGAUGAUACCCCUCCAGAGCCUUUACGGAACAGAUGGAAGCUUAGUAGACUUGCAGAAAUGCCUGUUCGAACAGCCUACAUUCAGACUAUGCAACAACAAUUUUACAGCAAAAAUAUCAAUCACCUCACUCGUCGAUUUGCAGAUUUCUUAGCUCAAACCCAUUCCACUCCUUUUACCGAUGACGAUAAACAGGCUAAUGCCGAUACUAUUGAACACCUAUGCCAAUUACUAUAUGAAUCCAUUUAUUAUGCCUUGGACACUAUCCUUACACCUGCUACUCCUCGCCCAAAAACUUGGAAAUGGUUUUGGAAUCCAAAACUACAAGAGACAGCCAACCUCCGCCAGGCCUGUUAUACUCGCUGGCGCAAGUCGACUGGUAUACAGAAGCCUGUGUGGUGGCAAAAAUUCAAACAGACAGAUCACAAAUUGAAAACAGAAGUCCGCCAUGCAAGAGCGCUCGCCUACUAUAAAUUUUGCUCUGAUCUUAACAGCGACCCAAUAGCCGCUAUGCCUACUAUAAAGAGAAUUGUCCAGUCCAAGACUCGAAGCAAGCAUCGAUAUAGCAGUGCAGAAGGCCCUCAAAAGGCAUAA